GCCGGGUUCACGCGAGAAGGACCAACCAACCGCCGUGUGAUUGUGGGAGUUUAAGCGGCUACGGAGGCGGAGGCGGAUUCGGACACCCCCUCCUUGGUCGGUGUCGCCGGCUGGCUGGCUUGCCCACCGCCCGGCGGUUGCUGCUUUAACACUGUAUAAGCCCCUCCUAGCAUUCCACUGGAUACAAAUGUUUGGGACAACAAAUGAGCGGAUGCAUACGAGCUGUUCGACGAAAUGCUCACUAGCGCUUCCUUAUCUCACUAGCUUCUCCUCCGUUUCUUGGUUUAAACGAAAUUCGCUGUGCUAAUCAAAAUCUUGCAGCUUCGUACCAGGAGACAAGCCAAGCCGAGCCAAGCCAAGUUGGCACUUGCUAUAUGAUCGCAACAUCGCAAUUUCCAAUCCUUGACCGGUCUCGCCGGCCGGCUUGCUCGCCCCGGUGGUUGCUGACGGUAUAAGCCCUUUCUAGUAUAUUACCUCCAUCGUUUUUUCUCAUGACUAGCUUUGAUUGCCUCCUGAUUGCUUCGGCGACUCGCGAGACGCAAGGAGAGCAGACUCGGUGGACGCAUGCGAGCUGUUCGAUGAAAUGCGCAGGUGACCAGUUCUGCAUUUGAAGCUCUGACUUUGUGAGCAACCAUCCAACGACAAGGCCUGUUUGAUCUCAUCCAUGCAACAGAUCCCCCCCCCCCCCCCCUCUACCACUUCCCAGGCUCCCAGCUGGAGCUUCUGGCUUGCAAGAAUCUUUUCACUGUUCAUCCCAGCAAGAGAGCAUCGGUGCUUGUCUCCACCGAGGCUGGUCCUUCCUUUUUACGCUGAAUUUCAUAUGGUACAUCGUCCUGGGCUUCUGGCUUGCAAGAAUCCUUUCACUGUUCAUCCCAGCAAGAGAGCAUCGGUGCUUGUCUCCACCGAGGCUGGUCCUUCCUUCUUACGCUGAAUUUCAUAUGCUACAUCGUCCUGGGUUUCUGGCUUGCAAGAAUCCUUUCACUGUUCAUCCCAGCAAGAGAGCAUCGGUGCGCCGCUGCCUUUUUCCUCCUCCUCCUCGCAUCUGUGGUUACAGUCGAAAGUUGGUUGUCAUAGGGAGAAAGAGCUUGGAAUUUGCAGAUCUGGAAUCUCAUUAAAAUCAAGAAAAGGAUAGAUACUGAAAAGUUCUUCACCUUGCAAGUGGGAAGGUGGGAAAGAAAAUGCAAAAAAGACGUGUUUGAUACUCGAUUGUGUAGCUAUGACACGGACGGAUCGGUCCUAAGGCAAGCUUGACAAGAGACAGACCGGCUGGUCUUCCCACCUUCCAUGUAAAUGAAGCAUCCAUGAGGUGGGAGCGAGCAUUUAAGAAGCUAGUCUGUGCAGGGUCAAAGCCGCUCCUCUCUACCGUGAUGUCUCCACAACUGAUCGUGGCUUCGACCACAAAAUCCUAGCAAGUGCCGCCGUCACGUGCUCAGCUCCUUCGUUCAUCUGUCAAUAGAGGAGAAAAGAGAAGAGCAUUGUUUGGACAAUGAUCCUGUGUUGAACGGAGGAGGGUAGAACUCACACAGCACAAGGCCCGCGAAACAUCAAAGCAGGCACACUUGCAUCAAAGUCAGAAUCCACUGGUUUGGGCACCAUGGGCUUAGUUUUGGAUGCUCUCACCUCGAAGUUUGUGACAAGGCUGGGUCGGCUUAUUGAAGAUGAGGUUGUGAUGACACUAAGUGUGAAAAAGGACAUCAAAAGGCUGAAGAAAAAUCUGGAACACUUCAGCGCAGUUCGUGAGGAUGCGGAAGCUCUGGCCAUGGAAGAUAGACGGAUAGAGGCAUGGUGGAAGAACAUGAGUGAUGUAAUGUUUGAUGUUGAUGUCAUCAUAGAUCUUGUUAUGGUUCAUUCACAGAAACUUCUGCUACCACCCAGAUCGCUCUGUUUCAAUCAGCCUAUGGUUUCUUGUUUUGAAAAGAUUUUAUUUGAUAACAAGGUGGCUAGAAGAAUUAAGGACAUAAAUGAAAAGCUCGAUGAGAUUAAAAUGAACACAGAGAUGUUCAACUUGGAUAGAUCCCUUCGUCAACAGUUUCAGGUAACAAGUGUGGACAGAAACCAGACAUCUCCUAUAGAUGAACUAGAGGUUGUUGGAAGAGAGGUCAAACAAUCGGUUGAUGACAUAGUACAAAUGAUUGUCAGUGGCUGCCAUGAGAAUAGUACAAGUGUUCUGGGGAUUCAAGGAAUGGGAGGCAUUGGUAAGACAACGUUAGCUCAGAAGAUAUAUAAUGAUCAGAUGAUAAGAGAGAAAUUCCAAGUUCAUAUAUGGUUGUGCAUUACGCAGAGCUACACAGAGACCGGGUUGAUAAAACAGGCAAUACGGGUGGCUGGGGAAAAGUGUGAUCAAUUAGAAACCAAGACCGAGCUUCUACCACUUUUAGUGGACACUAUCAAAGGAAAGAGUGUUUUUCUUGUGCUGGAUGAUGUGUGGAAAUCUGAUGUCUGGAAUGAUCUUCUUCUAUCGCCUUUCAUGAGAGCCUUGAACUUCCAUAUCCUUGUCACCACAAGAGACCUGUGUGUUUUGUCAGAAAUGCAUGCAACAUAUAUCCACCAAGUAAACAAAAUGAAUUACAGUGAUGGCUUAGAAUUGCUUAUGAAGAAGUCCUUUCAAUCAUCCGAGCAAAUAUGUGACUUCAAGAAUGUUGGCUAUGACAUUGUAAAGAAAUGUGAUGGCCUUCCUCUUGCCAUCAAGGUUGUUGCUGGUGUCCUAUCCACCAGAAGAACAGUUGCCGAAUGGAAGAGUAUCCGAGAUAGUAAAUGGUCCAUUCAUGGACUCCCCAAAGAACUUGGAGGUCCCCUGUAUUUAAGUUACAGCAACUUACCCCCUCAACUCAAGCAGUGCUUUCUCUGGUGUGCUUUAUUGCCUCCUAAUUUUGCAAUAGGCCGCGAUGAUGUCGCUUACUGGUGGGUUGCCGAAGGUUUUGUGAGGAAAGAGAAUGACCACUCAAUACAUGAAAUUGCUGAAGAGUAUUACCUUGAGCUAAUUAGGAGGAAUCUUCUGCAACCAAUUCCUCUGUUUGUAGAUAAAGGCGAGUCAACGAUGCAUGAUUUAUUGAGGUCACUUGGGCAAUAUCUGACAAAGGAUCACUCCCUAUUCAUGAAUGCCGCAAGUAACAGUUCCGUGUCGAAUCUGCGCCGCUUAGGUAUCAGCCAUGCUAUAAAAGAAAUCCCCCCUCUUGAAGAGCACAAGUGCUUGAGGAGCCUUUUACUUUUUAAUAACAAGAACUUCAAUUCAAUUCGCAAGGAUAUUUUUAGAAAGCUUGAGCAUAUCCGUGUCUUGGUUCUCAGAGGGACAAAUAUCAAGGACAUACCGGACUCAGUGGGAAAUUUGGUGUUGUUGAGGUUGCUAGAUCUGAGCUAUACCGAGAUUAACAAACUUCCGGAGUCCAUGGGAAGGCUAAUAAGCCUUGAAUACCUCUCUCUGCGUGGUUGUCGUCAAUUGGAUAGCCUGCCAGCUGGUCUCAUGAGACUGUCCAACAUAAGUUCUUUGCAGCUACAAGAUACUGCAGUUGAUCAUGUUCCAAAAGGGAUUGCAAAGUUUCAGCAGCUCUAUAACCUAAAAGGAGUUUUUGAGAGUGGGACUGGAUUCAGAUUAGGCGAAUUGCGAUGCCUCCCCAAUAUCCAACGUCUGUUGGUCCAGAAGCUAGAGAAAGCGGCACCAGUGGGUGAACUUGUACUGAGGAACAGUCAUAAUCUUAGGGAACUGGCACUGGGUUGCACAAUGGCCAGCACCAAAGAGAGAACUCGUUACCAGACUGGUGUGAUUGAGAGAAUUCAGCAAGUCUAUGACAUGCUUAUUCCAUCACCAAGCCUAGUAUAUAUUUAUUUUAAUGGGUUCCCGGGCAUAAGGUUCCCAGAAUGGCUAUGCUCAGAACCAGAGCUUAAUAUGCCAAGUUUGUGUCAUAUGCACCUCAACGACUGCAUAUCAUGUUCAGAGCUUCCACCAGCAGGUCAGAUGCCAGAAUUGCUAGUUCUUCAGAUUAAAGGUGCAGAUGAAGUUGUAACUAUUGGCACAGAACUCCUGGGGCAAGGUGUCAGAAGUGCAGCGGCUUUCUUUCCAAAACUUGAACUGCUUCACAUCAUUAGCAUGUGUAAUUUGGAAAAAUGGUCGCUGAACAUAAAAAAUAUGUGCGAUGACAUGGAGGAAAACUUGCGACAGCUCGCUCUGAUGCCUUGCCUUAAGCGUUUGCUGCUUGUUGAUUGCCCCAAACUGAGAGCUUUACCUCAAGACAUGUACAUGAUUGUUAAUUUGAAGAGAAUCCACAUUGAAGGUGCUCACAAGCUUCAAGAAGUUGUCAAUCUUCCUGCAGUUGCGUGGCUCAAGGUGAAGAACAAUGCAUGUUUGAAGAGGAUUUCUAACCUCUGUAAGCUGCAGGACCUGUUUGCGCAGGACUGCCCGGUGCUGGAUCAGGCAGAGAACCUGUUCUUGCUGAAACGGGUUUACAUGAUUGACUGCCCGCAUGCCCAAGAGUUCAGGGAUUGUCUAGGGGGAGAAGAAGAAGGCAUCCUAGUCCAUGUUGCAACAGAUGGCCAUAAUAUCUUCCCAGAUGAAGCUCUCUAUAAUUAGGCAGGCUUACGGUAGAAGAGCGGGGCGUAUUGAAGACAUGAUGGUUAGAUGAAAAUUACUCAAAGAUUUUAUGAAGCCUUGAAGCACAAUGUUGCAGUGGGAGGUGCUACAGAGUGUUCUAAUGCCUUGAAGCACAAUGUUUUUAUGAAGCCUUGAAGCACAAUGUUUGUCAAAUGCUGGAGUGUAAUGUUAUUUUUCCUACCUCUUUCCUUUUGGUGCUACAGAGGAUAAACAAGGUUGACAGCAAAAAUGGCAUGACAAACUUGAAGCUGAUUAUAGCCAACUGUCAUUGGUGGAAUAUCCGACUGUGGACGCGGAUUGCUGCACUUUUAUUACUAUAGAAAGUUGUGCUCUGAAGGACGAUUUCAUUGUUUUUUAAUUUAUUAUUUUGGUUCAUUGAUUUCGAAAUUGAUUUUGUAAUAACAAUGGUGUACCUAUGAUUGGUUCUCGCAUGUUCUUUGUACUGUUACUUUGAGUAACGUGAGUAUAAAAUGUCAGGGAAAGUUGGAUA